AUGUACUUCGAUCAGACUAAUUCCCGUGGAUUGAAUGCCCCGGAAAUUUAUUCCGUACUGGAUGAGAGUCGUGGAUUUCAUCGACCAGACGGUGCAGAUCGCCCAGAUGAACAUAUGUGGUUGUACGAAGAUCCACAGGGUAGAACCCAGGGUACGUUUAGCGACGCACAGAUGCACGAGUGGCUGUUGGCUGGGAUUUAUUUUACACCGACUCUGCGUAUCCGGCGUAAAUGUGACGACACUUUUUCUACGCUUGCCGAUUACACCCGAUUGUUCGGUCGCGUCCCGUUUGUGCCCAGUUUUCGCGUUCCACCUAUUCGCGGCGGAAUCACCGCGCAGUUGUUAAGUAUGGCUUCAGCCAAAUCGGGCCAUUUGCCUUCCACUGAUGUGUCCGCUUCACCAGAAUCUACUGGACAGGCCGGCCUCAGCACUGUGGCCGGGGCUGCCACAGUUGGUCUACCUUUAUCCACCGCCUUUCACGCAUCUACUCCGUCCACCACAUUGAGCUUCCCUGGCUCACUGGAGUCAGGCGCUACCUCGACUGUUGGUCGAUCACCGAUCGUUACGCUCGCCUCGCAUCGUACAGCAUAUGCACAUCGACAUGACCCCUCCGAAUAUUCAGUAAGUGCAAAAUCCACUCGUUGGUUUUCUUUUCUGUUGGUUAUCGAUUUAUAA